AUGUCUUCUUCAUCAUCCUCCAAUACCCCCUCUAUCCCCAUCAUCACGGUGACCGACGACCAGGGCACCUCCCGUGCCAUUGGCACCAACACCUUUGAUGCCUUCUUACCCUCAUCGCACUUGACCACCAUGAGCGACCUCGCAGCGGCCAAACAGGCCAAAAAGGACGCACGCAAGCCCGCUGCCCUCGUUAGGAAGAGCAGCAAGCGCGUCACCGACGCGCUCAAGAUGGGGGUUAGGUCGAUGAAGAGCAAGGGAAAGAAACAUGGUGAGGACAUGGAGCUGCCAGAGGGUGCAUCUUUCAAGGUCCACAAGGUGGUCAAGGUUGAGAGGAAGUGGGACGAGUAA